GGGGGCUCCUUCAGAAGGAAACCCUCGCUCAAGAAAGAACAAAAUGGCAAGAAAAAACUGCCCAGCUUUUUUGGUAUAGAAGGAGGGCAGGAGAGAGACACGACCACGGACAAAAUCCUACAGUAUAUUCCAGGAAAGAAUAUUCAGAACCAGGAAAACCAGAAAGAAAACUUGGACCAGAGGUUUCCCAGCCUGUUCAAGAAGGGACGAAGGAAAACAGUUGUCAGGAAUCUGGGGAAAAUAGUCUAUUACUCCAAGGUCAAGUUUAAGUUUCAGCACUGCCAGGAGGUGAAUGACUGCUUCUUGGAACUGUUCCAGUCUUACCUGUACUUCCAGUCUAUGGGCUCCAAUGGACUCACCUACCAGGGGCUGCUGCCUUUGAAAGAGCUGAAUGUGUGUGAAAUUGAGAAUGGGAAGAGCUCCGGGCAGGAGGAUCAUGCUUUCCGCAUUGCAGGUCCUCUGCUGAAUCCCCUUAUCGUGUUCUGUCCUACUGAGUCAGAGCUGAAGCAGUGGCUUUAUCACCUGGAGAAACAGAUCCAGCUAAAUGGAGGAAGCCUUGGCUUGCCCUUUCUCUCUCAGAACGACUGGAAGCAGAGCUCUGCAGGGAAGGAGGAGCUGCGAUGGUCCGUGCAGAACAUGCCUGUCCAGGAGUGGAGAGGGACCCAGCGGGAAUCCCUAGGCGAUGUCCUCUGUGUUUCCAAAGUGAAGCUUCAGCAUCUGCCUUUCCAGGAGCAGCAUGACCGGCUGCUGGUGCUUUACCCGUCCACACUGGUGAUAGUAUCUGAAGAGGGCAACAGCCUUUGUUUUAAGGGCGAGCUGCCACUCAACGCCAUCCAAGUGCUAUUUGAAGAGAACGAGAAAACCUCCUUUUUAAUAGAAGGCCGGCUGAUCAAUUCGAUCCGGGUGAUCUGCCGCAGCUAUGAUGAUUACCAGGAGUGGCUCUACUGUCUCAAAACAGCCCAGUUUCGAAACGCCGACUCCUCCCUCUCUGGAUCAGAGAGUUUCUCGGGAUCAAAGCUGCCCCACCCCAGCCAGUUCGGCGGCAGCGGGAGAGGGUCGCUCACCUCUGAUGGCCGGACGAACUCCUGGGCGUCGGGAGGGAGAGUGGCCACCUUAACACACGUCUCCCAGAACAGCGGCUCUCUUGCUGAUGGACAGUCCUUCGUGAUGAUGCCUGAGAGCAGGGUGCUCGAAGACCCCCUCUCCCCUGGCUAUUCCCAGCCUCUCCAUUGCCUGACCCAGGCUAACUGGCCAAGCACAGGGCUGCCAGCACAGGAUCUGCGGAGAGGAGGCAGCGCUAGAAAGUCCAAGGGUAAAUGUGGACCUUGCAGCCAGCAGCUGCCUGGCCAGGACACGGAGAGGACCAUCUGCAGUCUCAUUCCUGAAAACCCCAAUGGCGAGCUGCUGUCCUCAGUGUACAAUGAGCCGUACUCCACUUGCAGCUCGCAGCAUUCCCCCCCCGCCACACCUGGACCUGAGCAGUGGGCUCUAGGGCAGCUGAACCGAUGGAGCUUGGUGGGCAGUCAACCCUCGACAGCUUCCAGCUCCCUGGAGAAGCCGGCCGUGCCCCGCUCCCCGCUCUACGCAGACCCCUACACACCCAGCUCCCCCAGUGCUCGCAGUGCGGCGGGCUCUGGCUUCCUGGAAGAG